AUGAAUCCUGCGAAUUUCACUAGAACUAAAAGAAAUACAGAAGAAUAUAUAUUUGCGGUUGGUACUUACAAAAUCCUUGCUUUUGCUAUCGGAACAAUCGGAUUCUUCGGAUUUUGCAACAAUAUUAUUGUCAUCAUGCUGUACUACAGAUUCAAGAGACUCCGGACCCCCACAAAUUUGUUAAUAGUAAACAUAAGUAUAAGUGACUUGUUGGUGUCUGUCAUUGGAAUUAACUUUACGUUUGUUUCGUGCAUCAAAGGCGGAUGGGACUGGAACUCGGCAACAUGGGACUGGAACUCGGCAACAUGCGUCUGGGACGGAUUCAGCAACAGUUUAUUUGGUCAGUAUAUGAACUUCUGUGCUUUGGGUGUCUUACCUAGAUUCACACAUUCAUCUAAAAUAAAAUAUAAAAUAAAAAAUAUUUGUACGUAUUUUAAUAGGCCUAAUCCAAUAUUUGUUUUGUGGCAGCCUUUCCAUUUAAUUUGUGUUCCAUGUUUGUAUGUUUCAGAUAACAAAGUUGAGUCUUUGGGGGUAUUACAUUUUCAUAACUCUGUGAUCCCUAUAGUCUAUUUCGUCUAUUGCACUGGAAAGUUACUACCCAUCUUAUUCUAAGGGAGAACUGUUUAGCACACUUUCUCCCUAUUUAUUUAUGAAACCAGUCUUUAUAUGGUUGUGGAUGUUUAUGAAUGCCAUUGCCGCUAUGGGGAUGAAGCUGAUUCGUGUCAAGGAAACCUCGGAAAUACCCGUGUAAUUCUAUCCAUAUCUGUGUCUGGCGCCCCUUUUACACACUGGAAAAUAUGGAAUAUUUUGUUGACAAGUGGCUAGUUUUCUAUACUGUAAUCAUUGUACAUAUAUCAAUUUCAUGGAUAGACUAUGACAUAAGUAGGCUCAAGAAUGUUUGUAUCAAUUCCAGCAGUUGAUUUAAAUAGCUGAUUGCGCCUUUAGUGCGUGUUUACAACACUAUACAUUCAAAAGUAUGUGAACACCACUUCAAAUUAGUGGAUUUGGCAAUUUCAGCCACUCCCGUUGCUGACAGGUGUAUAAAAUCGAGCACACAGCCAUGCAAUAUCCAUAGACAAACAGUGGCAGUAGAAUAGCCUUACUGAAGAGCUCAGUGACUUUCAAUGUGGCACCGUCAUAGGAUGUCACCUUUCCAACAAGUCAGUUCAUUAAAUUUCUGCCCUGCUAGAGCUGCCCCGGUCAACUGUAACUGCUGUUAUUGUGAAGUGGAAACGUCUAGGAGCAACAACGGCUCAGCUGCGUAGUUGUAGGCCACAUAAGCUCACCGAACGGGACCGCUGAAUGCUGAAGUGCGUAGCACGUACAAAUUGUCUGUCCUCGGUUGCAACACUCACUACCAAGUUCCAAACUGCCUCUGGAAGCAACGUCAGCACAAUAUCUGUUCGUUGGGAGCUUCAUGAAAUGGGUUUCCAUGGUCGAGCAGCCGCACACAAGCCUAAGAUCAACAUGCACAAUGCCAAGUGUCGGCUGGAGUGGUGUAAAGCUCGCCACCAUUGGACUCUGGAGCAGCCACAUAUGCCGAAUACAACAGGUGUAGACAUUACAGUGAAAUGCUUACUUGCAAGACCUUAACCAACAAUGCAGUUUUUUAAAAAGUAAAAUAAAAAAAAGUGUUAAGUAAAAUAAUAAAAGCAAAUAACUAAAGAGCAGCAGUAAAAUAAAAUAACAGUAGGGAGGCUAUAUAUAGGGGGGUACCGGUACAGAGUCAAUGUGCGGGGGCACCGGCUAGUUGAGGUAAUUUAGGUAAUAUGUACAUGUGGGUAGAGUUAAAGUGACUAUGCAUAAAUAAUAAACAGAGUAGCAGCAGCGUAAAAGAGGGGGAUGGGGUGGGGUGGGGGGCAGUGCAAAUAGUCCGGGUAGCCAUGAUUAACUGUUCAGGAGUAUUAUGGCUUGGGGGUAGAAGCUGUUGAGAAGCCUUUUGGACCUAGACUUGGCGCUCCGGUACCGCUUGCCGUGCAGUAGCAAAGAGAACAGUCUAUGACUAGGGUGGCUGGAGUCUUUGACCAUUUUUAGGGCCUUCCUCUGACACCGCCUGGUAUAGAGGUCCUGGAUGGCAGGAAGCUUGGCCCUGUGAUGUACUGGGCCGUACGCAGUACCCUCUGUAGUGCCUUGCGGUCGGAGGCCGAGCAGUUGCCAUACCAGGCGGUGAUGCAACCAGUCAGGAUGCUCUCGAUGGUGCAACUGUAUACAUUUUUGAGGAUCUGAGGACCCAUGCCAAAUAUUUUCAGUCUCCUGAGGGGGAAUAGGCUUUGUCGUGCCCUCUUCACAACUGUCUUGGUGUGUUUGGACCAACUCCAUAUUAAUGCCCAUGAUUUUGAAAUGAUUUGUCAAUAUAAACAAUUAUAUGAUAAUGACCUUCAUGGGGGAGGGAUACCAUUUGCAUGCUCUAUACAGUCGCUAGUGAAAGUCUACACACCCCUUGCAGAGUCUUCACAUUUUGCGGUCUUAUUAUUCAUUAAUUAUUCAAAUUAUUCAAGCUCAGUAAAUUUGGUUGGGAAUUCUUGAUGGACAACAAUAUUCAAUGCUUGUCACUGAUUUUCAAGCAGAUUUAGGUCUGGACUGAGACUACUAGACCAUUCAGGAACACUCAACACCUCUUGGAAAGCCAUUCUUGUGUGUGUUUGGCAUUAGAAUGUGUGUAAUUGUUCUGCUGAAAAUAAAACUAUGGCAGGGUUAGGUUUUCAGAAGACUAUGGCAGGUUUUCCUAAAACGUUUUACCUGUCCUUUGUUCCUUUCAUAUUUAUUUUGAUCCUAAAAUACUCCCUAGCCCCUGCCGGUAACAAGCAUACCCAUAACAUGAUGUUGCCACCACAAUAUUCAUCUUAUUACACUGAGUGUACGAAACAUUAAGAACACUUUCCUAAUUUUGACUUGUUUCUCCAUUGAAUCCUAUGGGGAAUUAUUGAUAUUUAUUUUUUCUCAAUUUUUUAUAUCGAUAAUGCAAUGAAUAUAUGAUAAAAUGGCUAUCCAUACAGUUCAGGUUAUUUUUUCCCACCCAUUUCAUCUAUGUUAUUACCGUCAUUGGGUGCUUAGGGCGAGCGAGAGACACAAUCACUUAACGGUCUCUUCCCUAUUUAUUAAAGGAAUCAUCACUUAUUAACGGAGAGGUCUGCUAAUGAGGUUGUUAGUGCAACCUUCACGCCCUCUGCGCUCUCUCACUCUCUCUCUCUCACUCUCUCUCUCUCUCUCUCUCUCUCUCUCUCUCUCUCUCUCUCUCUCACUCUCUCUCUCUCACUCUCUCUCUCUCUCUCUCCUCUCUCUCUCUCUCUCUCUCUCUCUCUCUCUCUCUCUCACUCUCUCUCUCUCUCGCUUUCUCUCUCUCCCUCUCUCUGUCUCUCUCCCUCUUUCCCCAUAUCUCUCUCUCAGGCACAUGUAACCUACUGUAGGCUAAGUGCAAUAUUGUCCGAUAUAAUUAUAUGCGGGACUUUUCUCAUCUGUCCAAUGUCUUCAUAUAUUGUAAACUAUUUAAAUAUAAAAAAUUAUGUUAUUUGUUGCCUCCAAAAACAAAUAGUUCACUCUUGUAGGAUGGAUGGGGGUAACUGUAGCACAUGGGAAUAAAACAGCAUGGUCAUUUGACUUCGAUGUCCGCAUUGCUCCUCACUAUAGUCCAAGUUUGCUUUUGAACAGAUCAAUAAAAUGUGAAGGGCUUUUCGAAGUGCACAAAAAUAGCCAAAACAGCCAAAACAGAAGAACAGCCUGCACCAAGACAGAGACACUGAAGAUGCUGGUUAAUAUAACAAUGAAUGAUAAUUAGCAUACAGGCACACUAAAGCCCCUCAGAAAGAGAUGACUGGCACAGAGUAUUGAUACCAUAUUCAUCUACUACAGCAUGUGAAACAACUCUGACAUUCUUCAACAGUCUAAAUUUGGAUGACUCUCUCAGGACAUCCUGCACCUGUUACACCCAUUGUACUCAUGCAGUGUGGUCCUGUCAGUUUGACCUGUACAGACAUGUUAUGUAUUAGUUGUGUUAUAGUGUGCAGUAACACUCUGUGCUCGAACAGCUCCCCUUAUAUUGCAACACAUCUGUGCUGCAACGCUUGGUGUUGAUUGGGCCAAAUGUCUGGCAAAAGUAAUUGCUCUGCAAUGGAGAAAUUGAAUGUGACCAUAAUGUGUUUUCUGGAGAUUGUUGAAGGUAGAAUGUGUGAUUUGAUCAAAAUUAAGGUUUUGUGUGUGUUGACAGAAUCAAAUGCACAAACAACAAGACACCUCUCCUAUUAUUUCUCUUGUGAAGAAAAUCAUGAUUCAUUGCUAAUAGGAUAUUUAUGAUUAUUGAUUAUAUAUUGGGAAAAUAUUGAUGAGGACUGAGUAAUAACUGUAAUAACAGUGUAAUAACCAAUUGCAGACAGUAAUAAUCAGGACCUACAUAUAAAUAUUGCAUAACCCAGAUUCGCUAGUCAUUACUCAGCAUCAUCACCCAUCUCCCUCCCUUCCAGGCAUCGUGUCCAUCAUGAGUCUUUCAGCUCUGGCAUACGAGCGCUAUAUCCGGGUGGUCUAUGCUCAGGUGGUGGACUUCCCCUGGGCCUGGAGGUGCAUCACCCACAUCUGGCUCUACUCCCUGGCCUGGACAGGGGCUCCUCUUCUGGGGUGGAACCGCUACACCCUGGAGAUCCACCAGUUAGGCUGCUCCCUGGACUGGACAUCCAAGGACCCUAUCGAUGCCUCCUUCAUUCUCCUCUUUCUCCUGGCCUGCUUCUUUGUCCCCGUGGGCAUUAUGAUUUACUGCUAUGGGAACAUUCUCUACACGGUGCGAAUGGUAAGAAGAAGGACUGUCUUGCUGUCUCUCCCUCCCAUUUUCUUCUGUUGCUUCGUGUUUAUGUCAGUGUGGUUUGUGUUGAUCAUCUUUAAAUGUAAAAGUCCAAUGCAGCCAUUUUUACCUCAACAUCAAAGCAUUUCUGGGUAACAAUUAAGAACUUUACUGUGAUUGUUUUCAAAUAAAAUGGGCAAAAGGAAACUAAAAUAGUUUCUUAGCAAAGACCAAUUUCUCAAGCAAGAAUUUUGCUAGGACUGUCUGGUAGUGGUCUGAGUGGGGAGGGGGAAACUUAAAACUAGCUGUUAUUGGCAGGUUUGGAACUCUCUUUCUUAUUGGUCUAUUAAAGGCCCCCUGCAGUCAAAAACAAGAUUUCCCUUGUUAUAUGUACAGUAUAUAUGUAUUUCCACACUAUGAGGUUUAAAUAAUACUGUGAAAUUGUGGAAAUGAUGAUAAUGCACUAUUAACGUAAGAGCAGUUUGAAAAGACCGCCUGCAAUUUCAGCCUGUUUUGCUGGGAUGGAGUUUUGGCCUGCCUGGUGACAUAACCAGGUGGCAAAUUAGUUAAUAGAAAAGUUUGUGGUCAUACGCACAUUCUUAAAAACAUAGGUGCUGGGCUAAUAAAGAAUAUUAGUUUAGAACAAGAAGGCCCGCACACUGUUAAAGCUCCCAAUUCAUUGCUUUAUUGACAACGUUUCAAUCCGAAACGGAUCUUUGUCGACAAAGAUCAGUUUCGGAUUGAAACGUUGUAAAUAAAGCGGUGAGUUGGGAGCUUUAACAGUGUGCGGGCCUUCUUGUUCUAUACUAAAUUAGUUAAUAACCAAUAAAAACCUCUGCCAAUAACAGCUAUUUUUCAGUUAUCCUCUCCCCACUCAGACCACUCCCAGAUAGUCUUAGAAACAUUUUUGCUUGAGAAAUUGCUCUUCGCUAAGAAGUUAUUUUAGUUUCUUUUUGACCACUUUAAUUGAAAACAAUCACAGUAAAGAACUUAAUUGUUACCCAGAAAUUAUUUGAUAUUGAGAUAAAAACGGCUGCAAUGGACCUUUAACUAAUUUACCACCUUGUGAUGUCACCACGCAGGCCAAAAGUAUUUUCAAACAGCUAUUACACUAAAAGGGCAUUAUCAUAAUUUUCACAAUUUCACAGUAUUCUUAACCUCUUAAGUGUGGAUAUACAUAUAAAACACAGGGAAAUCACGUUUUUGACUGCACUGGGCCUUUAAAGAGCUCAAGAUGAGACAAAGUCCAGAGUAAGUCAAUAAAGUGAAGUGAACUGAACCAAACUAAUCAUAGAAGUGAAUGCCUAAUACAGGAUACAGAAAAACCUUUCCUUCUAUGGACAUUUUCUAUGCAGGUUGAUGUUUAUUGUCAUGACUCUUGCCCUGGAGGCAGAACUGAGUGAUUUCCACUAGAUGGGCCAGCUGCAAAGUCAUAAUUUGCUAUAUCUUAAAAAUUCAUGAAAACAAAAAUGAGCUUUUUGGUCUUAAUUUAAGGUUAGGGUUAGGCUAAGGUUAACAUUGUGGUUAAGGUUAGGUUUAAGGUUAAAGUUAGGUUUAAAGUGUAAUUACUUUGUGGCUGUGCCAACUUGUGACCACUCUGCAGAGCUGCCUCCAGGGCAAGAUUCAUGACAAUAAAUGCCAACCUGCAUUUUCUUUGCGCUAAAUUUCAGCGAAGUACAAACUUUAAUGGACAUUUUUGUUCCAUUAUCACACGGAAUGACCACCACUUGAUCUUUUUCCUUUUAUCUUUCACCUACCUUUCCAAAAUGUAUCUACAUUUCCUCCAUUCCUCCUUCCUCCUUCCUCACUCUUAAGUGCUUCAAAUCAUCCUGAUGUACCACUUUACCACCCUGCAUAGACUCUGCCACGCUGGUGCUGUAGAGAGCAUUUUUAAAGCUCAUUGUCCUUAGUAGCUAACAUAAAUCAGUGAUGGUUAUGGACUGUAGCAUGAGAACCAGCAUUAACCACGAGCCGUAAGCAGCCAUGUUUCACUAAUCUCAUCAGCUUGUCACCUGGCCAGCAGCCUGUUGCCCUGUAAUAAAAGAGGGUUGCCUGUGAGGAUGAUAGGGUUUGAAGUGGGUUCACUCAGCAGUGGACUGCACGGUUACUAUGGAGAGGACAGUAUGGUGUGGGGAGCUGUGUGUGCAUUUGCGCGCAUGCUUGUGUGUGUGUGUGUGUGUGUGUGUGUGUGUGUGUGUGUGUGUGUGUGUGUGUGUGUGUGUGUGUGUGUGUGUGUGUGUGUGUGUGUGUGUGUGUGUGCGUUUGCGUGUGUACGUGCUUGUGUGUGUAUGAACUAAUCUGAAAAAAAACUAUAGUAUUCACUGUUGUGUUUUUGCAGACUUUACUGUACUAUUCACUAUAGUGUUUUUGCAGACUAAAGUCAGCAAAAACACUACAUUGAAUACUAUAGUAUUUACUGUAGUAUACUGUAGUGAAAUAACUGUAGUACAUACGAUAGUAAUUAAUGUAGUGUUUUUGCAGAUUGUAGUAUACUGUAGUAUUUACUGUAGUUUUUUGCAGACUGUAGUAUACUGUAGUAUUUAUUGUAAUGUUUUUGUGACAUUACUGUAGUAUUUACUAUAGUGUUUUUGUUUUAUUAUCUUUGACAUAGAAGUGGAGGCUUUCUGCUUCAGGAAACCUACUGGAGAAAUACUAAAAGAGCACAUUUUCCAUAACCUGUAGGUAGACUGGGGUCUGAACGGAUUGUUCAGAGCUUCUGCUCUUUUCUAUAAUCUGUAGUAAAGUAAGUAAAGAGGCUUGGGGCUUGUAGGGAUAUCUCAGGGCUUCCUGCCUUGUUCUACCGCUCUUCUCAGUGUGUCUAUCCAGUCGAGGGGGAGGUUUGGAAAGGGGGAGGGGUGUUGGAGUUGUCCUUUUGUCCUCUGGUACUUGAUUUUAAUUAAAACACACUUUAUUGGAUAAUUAAAUGUAAAGAAGAAAAAUAAAGAAGACAAAUAAAAAGAGGAGGGAGGGAUUGGGUACGGGAUACGGACCCGGUUUAGGGUAAGAUUUAGGGAGUAGGGUUGGGUACGGGAUACGGACCCGGUUUAGGGUAAGAUUUAGGGAGUAGGGUUGGGUACGGGAUACGGACCCGGUUUAGGGUAAGGUUUAGGGGGUAGGGUUGGGUACGGGAUACGGACCCGGUUUAGGGUAAGGUUUAGGGAGUAGGGUUGGGUACGGGAUACGGACCCGGUUUAGGGUAAGGUUUAGGGGGUAGGGUUGGGUACGGGAUACGGACCCGGUUUAGGGUAAGGUUUAGGGGGUAGGGUUGGGUACGGGAUACGGACCCGGUUUAGGGUAAGAUUUAGGGAGUAGGGUUGGCACAAUAUAUGGUCUAUACUUGGCGUGUAGAUUUCUCACUUAUGUGUGGCACAUAUUGUGAUAUGGGGAGGGGAAUGGGCAGGGUAUAUGCCAAUUAAAUACUGUAGUUAAAAAAGUGUUUUUGCGGAUUGUAGUGUUUUUGGAGACAUUACUGUAGUAUUUACUACAGUGCUGUUUUUGCGGAUAAUACUCUAGUAUUUACUAUAGUACAGUAUUCUACAGUAUAUUACAACAUUCUAUAGUAAGUACUACACUUAAUAGAGGGAUACUACAGUGUGUAGUAUAGUAUUCUACAGUAUACUACAGUUUACUAUAAAGUCAAAUUAAUUAAUGUGGGUGUAGUCAAUUGACCCAGAUGUUUACCGGUUUCUGUGCAUCAGCUUGGCACCGCUGCCUCCACUGUGCCUGUCUUUGCUUCUUUAAGUAUUUACAACCUUUAAGGACGUAAGUAAUUACUUUCUGCACAGCCCCAGGUCCCCAGGGCAUCAAGGCUUCCCUCAACCACUGAAGCUCUGCCCUUCCCCUGCCCAUGUUUGUUGAGGGUGCUCUGAGAACCCCUGAGAAACUCAGCAUGAACCUCUGACUCACCAUUAUAGGGAAACCUCAGUGAACUGCAGUCUUAGAGAAUGCUGAUUACUACUGGGCUUCUUAAGACCGUCAAAGAGAGGUUUCCAAAUUUGCAAAGCUCUGGAGGAUUGUAUCCUUCACAAGAGAAAAACUUUGGCGAGCUUUAAAAGACUGUUAUGUGAGAACUCUUCAUAAAUUAUGCCCCAAUAGAAGUUUCCAUGACUAUCAAUGUCAGAAAGUGGGGCCAAGUCAGUCAGUGGUCAAUAAUUGAUUAACCAAUCAUACUGAUCAAUUGUAUAGGGUAGUAAGGAGUGAGUGAGUGACUGAAUGACUGACUUGUUUAAUUGGUCUAACAAGACUAAAUACUGUCUUUUUCGAUAGAGCAGUUUCAAUCCGUUUAGAAAUGUUCUGACCAUUGCCAAUCAGACCGUUAGCGGUGACUAAGUAAUCUCUGCUCUCCCUGUCUGCUCUGUCUAUCACUGCCCAUGGGCUGAUGCAUAACCAAAGGUCAAUGUUCUGUAAUGCCCACCUGAGACUCAGAUAUUCAGUUCAGAUGAAACGUUAUUGGGAAAUUAAUUGUGCAGCCAGGAGUAUGCCUAGGCCUACAUACCGGUAAGACAAUACAGUAUACACAACAAAGACACAAAUAUAAACUAUUAAGUAACAACAAGGCCGACUUCCAAUACCUACAUCAAAAUCAAAGCAAUUGGCAAGCUAAAAAGCUGACCGGAAAAUGCAAACAAUGACAGCCUAAAUCAACAGAUAUCUGCAUGAUUCAUUUAAAUAAAAGGCAUACAUUAAAGGUAGGUUGGUUCUUACAAUCAACAAGGACGCAUGACAAACAAAGCAAACUCGACCAAACAAUGUCGAAAUGAGGAAGUAGCCUACAUUUUAGGGAUUUAAUAUCUUUAUUAGAAAUGAAACAACAUAGGGGAUGGAAACUGGGAGGGUGUGGUGCUUUGUGAUUGUGGGUAGUUGGUUGAGGAUGUUGUUUGUGUUUCCAUCUUACAACAGGAGCAGGCAGAGAGGAUUACGCACAGGUCUAAAAUCUGUAGGGAGCACAAUAUAUGGUCUAUACUUGGCGUGUAGAUUUCUCACUUAUGGGUGGCACAAAUUGCGACAUGGGGGAGGGGAAUGGGCAGGGUAUAGGCAAAUUAAAUACUGUAGUUAAAAAACUGUAGUGUUUUUGCGGACAUUACUGUAGUAUUUACUACAGUGCCUAUUUGCAGCUAACACUGUAGUAUCUACUAUAGUAUUCUACAGUAUAUUACAACAUUCUAUAGACAAUCUUAGACAUUUUCUGACCAUUGCCAUUCAGACCGUUAGUGGUGACUCAGUAAUCUCUGCUCUCCCUGUCUGCUCUGUUUAUCACUGUGCUCUUUCUAUCACCCUGUCUGCUCUGUCAAAUCAUCGUGCCUACAGAGCUUCCACGACCCCUGCCACAGCAAAGUUUGAUUCUAGCCUACAUAAGAUUUAAUAACUUUUAAAACCAUGACCACAGAGAGACUGUCAAAAAAUACAGCAAAGAGCUACUGUUUUUAUGAGUGAGUUCAACACUGUCAACACAGUUUUAAUUAAACACUGUCAACACAGUUUUUAUUCAAACUGUCAACACAGUUUUUAUUCAACACUAUUACAAAACAUAAAACGUGCUAUUCCUUACUUCCACUUGCGCUGCAGCUGGAAUGAAUGAGGAGCCAAGUGUAUCAAUAGCCCUGCGUUUGUAUUAUUAUUAGCAGCUCGUCGUGUCUACUUUAAUAUCGAGGAAUAUUUCACAUUCUCUGGUCAUAGGAACAACAUGAAUUUGUGCAUGACUGAGGCAGAUGUGGUGCGACUCGAGUUUCACCAUCAGAUGGAAGACGAUGUCCCCUCUCUCUGGUCAGUCUCACUGGCGGAAAGGAAGGAGAGAGCAGGGACUGUGAGAGGCGGACCCUCUGCUGCUCUCUCCCUCCGCUGAGACUAAUGUUGUGUUCAAAACAACUGGGAACUCGAAAAUAUCCAACUUACAACUUAAGUGCGUUCAAGACAACUGGGAACUCGUAAAAACAACUACAUCUGACUGGGAAAAAUCGUUUUGAACGGUCAUCCAACUCAGAAACUCUGGCAUCUUUCUAGAGCUCUGACUUUCCGACCUAAAGAUUGAGAAUUUAGCCAGGACACUGGGGUUAAAACCCCUACUCUUACGAUAAGUGCCAUGGGAUCUUUAGUGACCACAGAGAGUCAGGUCACCCGUUUAACAUCCCAUCCAAAAGACAGCACCCUACACAGAGCAAUGCUGCUGGAUAUUGUUUUUAGACCAGAGGAAAGAGUGCCUCCUACUGGCCCUCCAACACCACAUCCAGCAGCAUCUGAUCUCCCUUCCAGGGACCAACCAGGACCAACCAUACUUAGCUUCAAAGGCAAGCCAGCAGUGGGAUUCAGGGUGGUACAUAAUUCCUACAGAACAGUUUUUAUUACGUCAUGUUUAAAAAAAAUUCUGAGCGGUAGAUCUCGGCUUGCUUUUUGACUGUGAAAGUGAUCUUGACCACUGGUUGUUGACCACUGCUCUAUUUCAUGGAAAGAGCAGGUGUUCUUAAUGUUUUGUAUACUCAGUUUAUAACUAAUAUGUCAGUGGAAGUGACAUAUAACUGCAAUGGUUAUUCAGUAUGUCCCAAUUUGUUGACAUAUUCUAAUGAGACCAUGUUAGUAAGUGAUGAGAUUCUUUCCUAUUGUCAUUCCCAACAGCUCCGCUCCAUCCAGGACCUUCAGACAUUGCAGAUCAUUAAGAUCCUGCGCUAUGAGAAAAAGGUGGCCAUCAUGUUCUUGCUGAUGAUCUCCUGUUUCCUGGUGUGCUGGACACCAUAUGCCGUGGUGUCCAUGAUGGAAGCCUUUGGCAGGAAGAGCAUGGUCACCCCCGCCAUCGCCAUCGUCCCCUCCGUCUUCGCUAAAUCCAGCACGGCCUAUAACCCUCUCAUCUACAUCUUCAUGAGCAGAAAGGUGAGGGGACCUCUGAUAGAGGAAAUGCUUUGAAACAAGCCCUUUUCCAAAUUUAAAGGAAAAUCACACUUCAAAAUCAAGGUUUGUCUGUUGUUUUCAGACCUCAUUGUAGCAUAAUAGCUGAAUCAGGGCCGGCCCUAGCCUUUUGGGGGCCCUAAACGAGAUUUGGUUAGGCGUGCCCCCACCUACCGGGCAAAACAUUUAAGCUGCCCCCCUCUUGGCAGUGGAGAGACAUUUUUUGCAGUUUUAAAGCUAAUUUCCUGCAAUUAAACAAAUUUUGCCGUGACCUAUCCCAUGUUCAUACGAUAUCUGGUUGAGAGUGACUAACAAAAUCAAUGGGGCCCCCUGGAGGUCAGGGCCCCUGGGCACGUACCCUGCGUGCCAGUCAGUAAUUUGGCCAGGAUUACUACAAGGUUUAGAUAGUUGGCUAGACUAACUUACCUAGCAAUAUAAAAAUGUUUAGCUGACAUAGGCUAAUUGAGUGACUGUCAGUGACUGACAUAACAAGAGGAAAACUGCUUGUGCACAACCACAUUUUGAAAUUGCACCUUGUGUAUUCUACUCUUCUAAGUCUCAACAUUAAAUUGAGACCCUGACUGAGUUCCUCUCUCUCUUUCUUCUCCUCCUCCUGUCCCUCUGGCAGUUCCGGCACUGCUUGCUGCAGCUGCUGUGCUCCCGGCACUCGUGGAUUCAGCGCAGCAUCAAGGACCGCCCCCUGGCCCGGAGAAUCGAGCGGCCUAUCCGCCCAAUCGUCAUGUCCCACCGAGGGGGCGGGGAACGACCAAAGAAGAGGGUGACCUUCAGCUCCUCCUCCAUCGUCUUCAUCAUCGCCAGCAAUGACGUGCACCACCUGGACACCACCUCCAAGAGCGGCGGUAUGUCGUCAGAGGGCAUCCAG